AGCCGAUGUAAGCAGAUACUGAGGUACAGUCGCAGCUCGGCGGAGACGUUGAGGUAAAGUGUCGGGGAGCAACGGUCCCUCUCUAAUCCUUCUCUGGAGGGUGCGGAACCAGCUCGGGGGGCGCCAUGCUGCCGGAGUAUGGAAGCUGAUCAGGAUGUGUCGCUUAGAGAGCAGCUUUUCCACGAGUGGGUCCGGGAAUGCAUCAUCUGCACCUUACUCUUCUCCGCUCUCUACCUCCUCUCGUACAUGGUCAUCACCAAGUUCAAGAAGCACGCUGAUUUCACCACCGUUGAUGUCGAAGAUGCUGCCGUUAACAGAAUUGCGCUCUGGAUGUGCACAUUUACACUUGCUAUCUCCGUGGGGGCCGUACUCCUGCUGCCCUUCUCCAUCAUCAGUAAUGAGGUCCUACUCUCCAUGCCACACAACUACUACAUCCAGUGGCUCAAUGGAUCCCUCAUCCAUGGCCUAUGGAACUUGGUGUUUCUCUUCUCGAAUCUGUCAUUGGUAUUUCUGAUGCCGUUUGCAUAUUUCUUCACUGAGGCAGAAGGAUUUGCAGGAUCAAAAAAGGGAGUCAUGUCCAGGGUAUAUGAGACCUCAGUAGUUCUUCUGCUUCUCACCCUCCUGGUCUUUGGCAUCCUAUGGGUGGCGUCUGCAAUUGUAGACGAUGAUGCUGCUGGAAGAGAAUCUCUGUAUGAUCUCUGGGAAUACUACCUUCCAUACCUGUACUCUGGCAUCUCACUGUUCGGCGUACUGCUUCUUUUAUUUUGUACUCCAUUAGGACUGUCCCGGAUGUUCUCAGUCACUGGAAAACUGCUGGUCAAACCUCGGCUUUUGGAGAACUUAGAAGAACACCUGAGUUGUACGGCAUUUGAAGAAGCGGCCAUAUCUCGUAAGAUCUCUACUAAGGCCUCUUGCUGGCUGAACCUAAAUAUGGAGGCGCUACAGAAAAGGCUUUUGGCCAUAAAGAGCCAUAGAAUUACAUUAGAGAUGAGAAGAAAAGCCUCUCCUUGGCAACGUAAUUUGGUCUACCCCUUGGCCAUGUUACUACUUCUUGCACUGACGGGCAUCUCUGUACUGAUCGUCUGCUUCCAUGUCUUGGAACUUCUUAUCGAUGACGCAGCCAUGCCAAAAGGGAUGCAGGACUCACGGCUUGGAAAAGUAUCUUUCUCUGUCUUUGGGUCAUUUGGAGCUGCUGUGCAAGUCGUUCUCAUAUUCUACUUGAUGGCCGCGUCUGUCGUUGGGUUUUACAGCUCUCCUUUCUUCAUGCGACUCCUGCCCCAGAAACAUAACACAACCAUGACCAAAAUCAUUGGAAACUGUGUGUCCUUGCUAGUUCUCAGCUCUGCUCUCCCAGUCUUCUCCAGAACAUUGGGUAUCACCAGAUUUGACCUUCUGGGUGACUUUGGACGUUUCAAUUGGCUGGGAAAUUUUUACCUGAUCUUCCUGUACAACAUCUUGUUUGCCGGACUCGCCACGCUUUGCCUCGUGAAAAAGUUUACCUGGGCCAUGCAAGCGGAGCUUAUCCGUGCAUUUGGACUAGACAGAUUAUCUCUGCCUGUGAACAGAAUUCGUACUCAAGGAAAGGCAUGACUUGCUUUCAAGGAGUUCUCCUUCAAUAUGAUAAGCACCUGGUAUCCAGGUGCUCAAAUCUACGGAUGGUCAGUCGGCUCAGGCGGUGGUUCAAGCUUGGCGGACCUCAGUGAAGACAUCCCAUGAAUGACUUCAUGGGACAGGAACGUUGGAUCGGGCACUAUCUGCUGGAUUUAUCAAGAUGACAUCGUUAGCAUUUUCUUGCUAGCUAACUGGAAUGAAGAUCUGAUGAUCCAAAAUAAUCUGAGCCAGUUCUUGCAGGGGUGAAGUCUCCCCCUUCACAUUGUUUGAAUAUGAUUUCUGCUGCUAAAGAAUAGGACAGGAGUAGAGAUAGACUUGUGUUGGUUUUCCCAUAUUUUUAUUACAUAUUUUUUUAAUUAAGGGUAUGUUCGUUGACGAGAUACGUGCAAUGCCAGCAUUACUCCGUGGACCACCCUUGUUUGGUUGUAGCAAGAGACUUGGAAGUUUUAUCCUCUGAGAUGAAUAAUCCAUGGAACUUUUUUCACAGCACCAUCUCAGAUGGAUGAAACUGCUGGAAAUCAGUAGACUUUGUCCGUCUCCUUCACUCUUCCAGUGCUUGUUUACAUGAACUCCACUCCAGCUUGUUGGGCGUUUGUUUUUUUACCAUCUCAUAAGAUGCUGGUGGCAUUCAGUAAUAAGAGUUCACCAGCUCAUUAUAAAGUAAAGCCUAUAGACACUCUCCUGCCCCUCACAUGAGGAGGGGCCUGGCUUCUUCUGUGACUUUAUUUGAUUGAGAUUUUUAUGUGUUUGUACCUGGAUCUUGUCUGUUUCUGAAUGUGUGUAGUACCCUGGAGUCUCUCAUAACUCAGUUAGGAUCUGUGAAUCUUUGUCCUGCCGUGUCUUUCUCUAUUUAUUAGUCCUUCACUACCUUUCUGAGGACGUAUUUUACGUCUGCUCCGUGUUUAAGGAGGGACCUACAAACUACCAUCAUAAGAAUGACCUAAAAUCACGGCCAUCCACCUUUUAACCUGCAUAUGAUUUUUACCACAAA